AUGUUUCCCUUGUUACGGGAAGCGGCAAUACCGGCGAAAAACGUCUACAAUACAAUUUUGAAUGUUCUGGCUCUUGUUAAUUUGAUGUUUCCAAAAAGGCUUGUCGGGAUUGAUGGCGGUACGCCAAAGUGCGAUGUGUUUUCUCACGCAAACUAUUUAAAAGCGUUUUCAGACMAAGAUGUCGUUUGGAGCUUUUUGGUUUGCUUUAUUUUCCCGUCGUGUUCGCAGUCCAUCACUACCAACUCAUCCACUUUGACUUUGCCGUUUUUCAUGUCGCAGGAGGUUGUAAACGGCUUUUUAAAACUUCCGGAAUCGUUUUCUUUGUCAUCGAUUGCAUCCGCCAAUGCCUUUGAUAUUGUAUCGCGUUUGUCGGACAAAAACCGGAAAAAGCUUUUGUAUUUGAUUAAGCGGUCUAGAAACUCGAAAUUUCGGAUUUCUGGGUUUAAGGCCAUUAACUUCGGCUCCAUUGACUUUGACGAGUCUUCCUUCAACGUGCCUGAAAAUACCCUGCCUUCUCAAUUCCUUUCGCAACUUCAGCAAUUUAUCAUCUCAACGAUUGAAGAUUCAAACGAUCGAUACAUGUUUUCAUUGCUGAGAAUAUUUUGUGCGCUUCCGACGAACACGCAUAUCAACCCCACUAGUUGCGAUCCUCUUGAUAUCACGCUUUCCGAAAACGGCCUGUAUUUUUCCAGUCUUUUCUCGAUUUUUCUGAUGAAUCGAAAGAUGGU